UGAACAGUGGAGUCAAACUACAAGGCUCUCCUUUUAUCUACCUGAUCCAACUACUAGGUUACUGGUUUCUACUAGUCCCUGAUUGGUUGCCCGAACAAAUCUUCUUGAGUUGGUUGCGUCAAGCUUGAAGCUGACAGGAUGCUGAGAUCAGAGGGCGAAUUCAACGAAGUCUGAUUCCAACCUUGCUGCCUUGAUUGAGGACAUAUUUGAUCAGAAUACUGUCACUUUAGUGCAUGUCGGCCUUGCUUGUAAAGGAGGAAUUGCAUUAUGAGCUCGUCUGCGCUUGUUAGCGUGAACAUUUCUGUCUUUUGAAUGAAUAUUGCCUGGCUGAAAGCAAACCUGCGCUGUGGACACAAAAGCUCUGACAUUGCGAGUUGAUGCAGUGCUUGCUGUGGGAGAUCCUUUCAAGUAAUUCGGCGAAUCCGAUGUCCAAAGAGAACCACUUCUCUCCCGGUCUGUCCGGUGCGUAAAAGCGGGCACGGUGUCUCUCCAAACUCCACUCUGAGAGCAGUUAUCGGAAUGAAAAACAAAAUAUGCUUUUUGCGAUUUUGCUGAAUUUUACAAGGGGAUUAUCUAGUGCCUACCUGCUUACUUGUCUGCCUAUUUGGGUCACUUGCUUAGCUCCAACUCGUUUUGUUUUUAUUAGGCUACAGAUUCCUGGGUUGUUGAAUUCAUCGUUAUCCUUCCUUCAUGUCGCAUUGGAAUAACUUCAUCUAUCAUGGAUUUUCUUUUCUUUACAAAGUCACUGUUUAGCCUCCGUUUAGACAUCCUAUAGAUUCGGACACUUUAGAGUGCAAUCGAACCCGCGUAGCAGCGCAACACCAGGAGGGGAACAUGGACAGAAAUGCCCCAGACGGACCGUUGCUGGAUGACUUGAGCAAACUCACGGACGAGGAGCUCUCUAGGCUCGGAAAAGAUGAGCUCAUCAGGAGGCUACGGAGAACGGAUAACGAGAAAAUGAACUUAAUGGUGGAUCACGGGAACAUGAGGAAAGACGUGAACCGGAGACUACAGGUCCACCUUCACGAGAUCCGCAGCCUCAAGGAGAUCAACCAGAAGCUACAGGACGACAACCACGAGCUCCGGGAGCUCUGCUGUUUCCUGGACGACGACAGGCAGAAGGGCAAGAAGCUGUCCCGGGAGUGGCAACACUUCGGCCGCUACACCGCCGGAUCGAUGUGGCAGGAUGUCGAGGUGUACCAUCAGAAGCUGAAGGAUCUGGAAGCCAACCAGGACUCUGUGAUGCGGGAGAACCUGGAACUGAAGGAGAUCAUUCUGAUGCUGGAGGAGGAGAGGAACGGAGCCGGGUCACGGAGCUCGAUAGACUCCCAGUCCAGCCUGACCAACCUGAACGGGGGCACCAGAACCAUUAGGGACGUCGGGGACGGGAGUAGUACCUCCAGCACCGGCAGUGCCGGUAGUCCUGACCACAACCACAUACACACGCCGGCCGAGGGGAAGAUAGCGUCCCUGCGGAGGUCUAUGGACGACCUGUCGCCGGUGUCACACAUCCACAGGAGCAUCCCUAAUGAACUGCAUGGUCCGUCUUCCAACUACAUCAGGCAACUGGAGACCAAUGUCCGCAUCCUGGAGGAUGACAACAAGCAGCUUCUAUCACAGCAGAUUAAAAGUGGGGAUCUGAAGAGUCUGAGGAAGGGUUUCUACCACUCUGAGUCUCAGCUCUCACGGUACCAGCAAGACCCACUGCAGAAUGGCUCUGGUAGGUCCCCCAGUGGUGAGCCGUCCCCUCCAGCAGACUACCUCCCAGUGGGCCACAAGCCAGAGGCUGUGGUCCAUGCCAUGAAGGUACUGGAGGUCCAUGAGAACCUGGAGAAGAAGAUCCCUGAAGACUACGACGAAGACCUCAGUGAGAAGGAGAAGGCCAUCGUCAGGGAGAUGUGUAACGUGGUGUGGCGUAAACUAGGUGACGCUGCAGGCUCCAAGCCUUCCAUCCGCCAGCAUCUCUCUGGGAACCAGUUCAAAGGGCCUUUGUAGUCCUUAAGACCACAUUAACCAGCACACAGCAGCACUCAGACGAGACAAACGGACAGACAAAUUAACAACAACAACCAUGGACCCUCAGCACUGAGUGCACAAACAAGGGGCACAUCUCAAAUGACACCCUCCUAUUUUCUCAGCACUGUGUGACUAUGGCUAGAUGAUCCACACAAACUCUAACCUGAACCCAAACCUCUGUGCUUAGCCUCCCCUAACAUUGUCCCCUGGUGAAUAUUGGAAUGUAGGUUACACCUGACCUGGGUAGUGGGUACAGUCAAUCUCAGUUUAGACCUAACGGACAAAUAGGCUGCGCCGAUGAAGGGUUAAAAACAGCGGUUGGAAAUCCUAUAGCCUCCUAUAGCCUGUUUAUUUAAAGAGAAUUCUACAUGUUGAAUGACCACCGUUCGUCAAUACCCAGCAGGUAAUCUAGUGCCCACGGCCAACGUUGGUUAUGGUGUCUUGUCAUUAAAGAGAAGGAAGAGGAGGAUAAACUGCCCCUUACAUCCAGUCACUACACCUGAGCUACUAUACGUGUGACCUGAGCUACAGUACUUUACCUGACCCUCUGCCAUCUCCAACCAGCGUCGGUUUUGGUGUUUGUACACUUCCAAGUGUUCAAGACUGACAACCACUCCAGGACAAACUAUUCUACUAUUCUCAAGUCAAGGCCCUGAUAUGUUCUGUUCUUGACUUUACUUCCAUUACUUUUCCAUUCAACAGCCAACUGACUGGCAACUCCUUACAACAUAGAUGAGGACAAAUACUGGAAAUCACAUGAUGUCAUUUCCUUCAGUGUAGAAUCACAAGCCAUAGGUUUAUACAACGUGAAACCUAGCUGCUGUAGGAUGCUGUGUAAUAAUGUAGUCCUCGUUUGUCUGAGAGAGAAGUAUGUGUACAAAUGUAGACGGAAAUCUUUUCAAAGUGUUAAACUAAAUUCUAGCGCCAUGUAAGUUAUGUUUAACAAAAUAUAGUGCUAUUUUUUUGCUUGUUUUUAGUGUCCAUGUUUGUUUGUGCCUCAAAUGGCAUCCUAUCCUUUAUACCAACACUAUAUAGGGAAAAGGGUGACAUUUGGGAUGCACACUUUAUAACUAAGUACAGAAAGUGGCACACCGAGUGCAGUUUCAUAAAUUUACUCCCAAGGCAGAAAGCUUAUAGCCUGGGGGCCAGUCUGCUUAGGCACUCCUGAAAAGUCCUUAUAGAACUGUCAUGACAAACAUGACUUUACAGUGACAGCAAUGGAGUUGGCAGAAGCACAACCAGUUCUGGGACCAGGCUAGAAAGCUGCCAUACUAUUAACUGAAACAUGAACUCCAGCAAGGGUUAUGGUUCUAAUAUAGUGUUGCUUCUGAUGAUUGAUCAUGGAUCAGAAAGUCUUGACUCCUGCUAGAUGGAAGUGAGACUUUUCAUAUACAAAUCUGCAGUUCUUAUAUAUGACAAUCGUUGAAACGGUUUAAAAACAACUUGUUUUGACCAGUCCUAAGUAUUCUCUAUGAGCUCUUAUAAGAAGUAUACCUUAUGAGGUCUCAUUGGAGUCUACACAGUGUACAAAACAUUAAGGACACCUUCCUAAUAUUGAGUUGCACCUAAAGUGUUUGACAGGGAUGCUGGCCCAUGUUGACUCCAAUGCUUCCCACAGUUGUGUCAAGUUGGCUGGAUGUCCUUUGGGUGGUGGACCAUUCUUGAUACACAUGGGAAACUGUUGAGUGUUAAAAACCCAGCAGCGUUGCAGUUCUUGACACAAACCGGUGCGACUGGCACCUACUACCAUACCCCGUUCAAAGUUAUUUAAAUAUUGUGUCUUGCCCAUUCAACCUCUGAAUGGCACACAUACACAAUCCAUGUCUCAAUUGUCUCAAGGCUUAUCCUUCUUUAACCUGUCUCCUCCCCUUCAUCUACACUGAUUGAAGUGGAUUUAACAAGGGACAUCAAUAAGGGAUCAUAGCUUUCACCUGGAUUCACCUGGUUAGUUUAUGUCAUGGAAAGAGCAGGUGUUCUUAAUGUUUUGUACACUCAAUGCAUGUAUACUGAGUUCUCGGAGCUGGAUCCUAUGUAUACUUUAUAAGGUGUCUUAGCUGGCUCCUGUACAUUAUGACAUGUGUUAGGCCUGUGUAUGCUGUAUGAAUUAUCAUAGAUUAUCACUGUACAAUCAGUCAGUCUAGCAAUCCUUGGCAAGUCUCAUACAAUUCUCAUGUAUGCUCAAUGAAGUCUCAUAGAGGAUCACUGUGCGUAAUUAAGUCUCCUAGGGUCCCUAUGUAUGCUGUAUGAAGUCUCAUAGGUGUCAUCUCUAUGUGAGGUCUUUCAGCGGGACUUCAGUGUACAAUACACUACGUAGCUAAAUGAAGCUUCAUAGCUGUGUUCUAUACUCUACAGCGGCUCCUAGCCGAUUUCUGUGUAUUUGAGUCAUCUCAGUAUUGUACGGGGUCUUGUAGGUGACAUUACCUUUAUCACACCGCCAUAAGACUGACAUAAGAUGUCAUUAAGAGUUAUAACAACAGACAGAUGUCAUUAGGAGUAAUAACAUAUAUGUAUAUGCUAAUCUCUUCUUUAUAGGGAGUUGUACAAUGCAUGUACAAUGAAUGAAGUCUCAUAGCUGUGCUGAGUUCUAUGUACAUGCAUAUGUAAGGCCAGUGAAUACUGUAUAUGAGCACUCAUAAGAGUCUAUAUAUACUGUAGGAGUAAUAUUGGCUAGGUUGAGGUCUGAAUAGGCAGUUACAAACUGUGUUAAAACAAACUUGCUGUAUUCUCUCGGAUUUGUGUUCUAAAAUCUGAACAAAAGGUUUGUUGUCAGAUUGGUAAAUGAGUCUGAAUUGAGUUUGACACAUUGUAAUCUAUAUUGGGGUAUAAUACAUGUAUACCCCAAUUGUUAUUAUACAGAAGGGUGUGUAUAAAUGUAUGUUUACACAGCUCCAUGAAUUCCGUGAAAAAAAAUAUUCUCAUUUUAUUGAUAGCAGAAGAGCGGCUGUGUUCAUCCCAAAUGGCACCCUAUAUAGUGCAUUACUUUUGACCAGAGCCCCUAUUUGCCCUGGCCAAAUGUAGUGCACUAAAUAUGGAAUAGACUACCAUUUGGGAUUAAUACGCUGUGUUUCAGUGUUGUUGAGGAGUCUGGAUGCAGCUGGCUGUGAGUCUGAUCUGACUCGUAACAUAGAAGAGCUGUAUGAACAAAAUGAGCAGCAAAUCAACAAGGAAGAUAAAUGUGUAUGAAUUGAGGACUGCUAUAAGAGCUGUUCUGUACGGUGUUGUUCUUGUAGUAACAGUUAGGCAUUGAUGACUAAGGAGUUUCAUAAUGGAAAAAAAAUUACAAAUGCGUGUCUAUACACACACUUAGUCUUCACAAAGUCUUUUUAGUCUUUUUUUUAACAGUCUACACGCAACUACUGACUUUCAUAUGUUGAUUGAUGAUUGAUUUAUAUGUUGAAAGCACAAAGUUCUGAUUUAAAGUUUGCCAAUUUUCCUGUUACAUUCAAAUGCACUGCUUCUCUUGUGAAUGAGGCAUCUCUACGUGGAACCUGUGAUGAAAUUCUAUGUUCUCUUUUUUCACCUCUUUCUCUGUGGUACACAGUUUUAAGUUGAGUCGUGUCUUUGGCAUCAUUAAACUGAAGAUUAAUCUUUAUCAAAAAUUCUCUGUAAUUAUUUUUACGUGAUUAAACUACUUAAUCAUGUAACUGUAAUUAACUAGGAAGUCGGGGCACCAAUGAAACUAUUCAGAUUACAAAGUUAUAAUUUUCCUAAUAUAACUUUCAGAUAUUUUAAUAUCUGAUCACUUAGUCUUUUGAUUAAUGAGUUAUUCUUUACCUCACGUUAGUCUCAUUCCAAACGUCGUAAAUUGUUGGUUAUCUGCACGAACCCAAUCUUCACUAUGAGUCAUCCAUACAUCAAUUGUCUUAAAUCAUUUAUUUACUAACUAAGUACUCACAGAAAUGCAUCACACAAACAAGAUAUGGUUACAAAGAAAUGAUCGGGGAAUGUGCCCUAGUGGGCUAAACCGGUAUGGCGGCUUGUUAGACAGAGUGAUAAUUAUAACAAUUGAAAUGCUAAUCCUUUGCACAUGAACGCUCACUCAUUCGGGGAACUAUUGCAAUCAAUAUAUAUAUUUACGCUCAGUGUGUCGUCGGGAUCUCGGUUGGAGAGUCUGUCCGCCCUCUCUCUCUCUCUGUCGUGGUUAGAAUGGAUAGUUCAGAGUGAAAUUCAUUCAUGUCGUUAUAGAAUAGAUAUUUUGGCGGUUGUCGUUCUUCGCGUUCAAUGAUACCGAAUUCCUAGCUGCAGACUAGUAAUUAAUAUCAAAGACUUGUUCUUAUUCUGUCGGUAUCGAUAGUCUGAGUUUAACCACGUGGUAUGUUUAAAAGAUUCAGCCAUCUACUCAAACCUUAGCUUAUACUCAGGUUUAUGGUCUCUACUCAAACCUUGGCCCUCUCGUGGUAAGCUGGUCUGCAACCUUUAGCCAUCUCGUAAUUGAGGUAAGCUCGGUCUGAUGAUAGAAAACCCAGGUGAGGGUUUUAUUCAGAACAUCAAAAAGGUCUGUCUCAUGAAGCCAGGUCCUGUCUGUGCCCCUGGGGGUGUGCCAAUGACUUAGUGAAACUUUUUAGGGAAUUGGAGUUUCCUUCAUUAAACAGUCCAAAAUCACAUUAUACAAUUUCACAAACAGUAUCAUCCUCACUCAUUCAUCUUAUACAACAAUUAGAUGUAAGCCUCAUAACUGAGGCUAUUGUAUAAACAGGGUUAUGGUAAUGUGGCCGUAUUUUCUCUCAUGAGUUUCACAAAAUUGUACCAAACGGACCAGUUCGUAGCUGGAUUCUUCACUGAUCUUUUAUACGUUCCUCAGAACCUAAAUACUGUUCGGACCUCCAGUUCAGUGAGGUGGAAGAAAUUCCUUUGUUCUCUCUAUGAAAACUCACUCUCUCUCUAUACUGUGGCCAUGAGGAGAUAAUCUCCUCCAGGAAUGUACGACCUCUCUGACCACAGCAGCCUGGGUGUAGGAGAUAGGGAGGUAGGGGGAUGGUGCAUAGAAAAGGGCUGGUGCAGAGGGAGGGGUGGGGUAGUUCUCGCUGUACCCAAAGAGGGCAACGUUAUGACAGUUGUAUCCUAGGAUAUACACAGUGCUGUGUACAAAAAUACCUGCAUACCUGCACCUAGCCCGCCUAUGUAUUUUUCCCCCCACAACCUGUAUGUAGCUGAAAAUGUAUAUUUUAGGAAAUUUUAAGAUGUGAAAAUUGAAAAAAGCUGCUUUUAUUUGAUUUUGAAAUAAAAAUUAAGUAUAAGUUUUAGCCCCUCACCUGUUUAUGAAUGUUGAUGAAAGUGUAACUUAGUGAUAUGGAAAAGGCUAUAUGGACACUCCUGACCUGCAAUCCAAUACUUAAUUUCAGAAUUGGUUAAAAUUAGGUUAAGGUUACAGUUAAGGUAGCGGUCAGUUUUAGAAUUUGGUAAGCAGUUUCCUUAUAGCCUCUCCCUAGUGAAACGUUUAAAAACAGUAAACAUGAUGCAGCACCCUUGGGCCAAUUGAGAUACUGUGUGUGACUAACACAUUUCAGUUCAUUACUACAGCUCCCGCCUUGGUCCAAUCUGUGUCAUUUUGUAAACGGUGGAUCUCUAUGGCAAGACGCAUAAUUCACCCGAGCUUCGUCAAAAUCAGGCCAGUGCCGUCUGAGAUACCGCGUGUGACUAACAUACAAACGGACGAAAACAGAUCCACAGUCCCCUCCCCGAUUUCAUUGUGGAGGACAACAAGAGAUGGUUAACAAGCAACAUUGGUCAAAUUUUCAAGGAAGAGAGGAUGCCUUUACUAAAGGUGUUGGUUCAUUCAUGGCCUCAAUUUCAAUGGCUUGACAAGGACACUCCCUAGUGGCUAACACAUGUAAUGACAUGAAGCACGGUCAAAAGGUAAUGGGCAUCAUGUAAACUACAAGGUUCAGAUUGAAAACAAGUUAAUGUGACAGCUUUUCCAAAGACAAAACAACCGUGUUCUAUGCCAAGUGGCUUUGCUUACAGUAACUUGACAUAUUACAAACAUCAACUAAGUAACAAAAGGAAGAUAUGAAAGUAUACAAGGUGUCAUAAAAAAACUUAAACAAAAAAAAAUCU